AUGGCCGAGGACUCUUUUUCUCGAUUGCUCUCUGCUCGACUUCGUCAACUCGGACUUGAAGACGAUCUGAAAUCCCGCCUUAUGGGACGAUUCUCCAACAACGACGCCGGGGAUGAAUUUGAUGCCUCCUCGGACGAUGAGUCCGCCUCGCCCGCCAUCGACAACGCUAGACUCCGCUUCGAGAUCGCCGCCGAGCUUACCGCUGAGCUUACCGAUGACCUCCGAGAAGCCCAAGAAACCGGAGCCCGACUGCAGCAAAUGAUCGAAGAUCCCCAGAUCCGGUGCUCAGUCCUUCCGUCACUGCUGACACUCUCCUCCCUGGCCAUGGAUGACUGGGUUAUCCACCGGAAUCACAACGAACUUCAGCCUCAUGGCUUCUUCUGUGGCAAUGUGUCCUCGGCCCUCGACAUUCCUCGUUACGGAUACAGUCUGGUGGAUUUUCACCAGUACGAUUGGCCGACCAACGGCAUAUCUAAUCUCUGGAGAGGACGGGUCGCCCCAGGCGUGAUGUUCAUCGAGAACAUUGAGAGACGCGGUAGAACCGGGCCCUGGUCGUCGCAGCUGAUGCAAGUAGCAUAUGAAACUGUUGCCGAGAUAUCCACACUACGCACGAUCUUCGUCGCCAACGUGGUUAAUCGAAACACCGUUCCUGCUGCAGAAUGGGUUCUGAGUUUCGAACAAGUGCAAGUGUGCGAAUUUGAUACCCCGGAGUAUCAGCUGUUGCUGGGCACGCGAAUCGGCAGGGUCAUUGCCUACUUCGUUCUGGGGGCAUAUGGGCAGGGUAUUCGUCGCAUUUCGCGCAUUCAGAUCUGGUGGCAUACCCGGGAGGAGCACUUGCAGAUGCGGUUCGACCUUGAGGACAUCUAG